AUGGCUAUGAUUAAUACAAAAAGUCCUGUUGUAUCAAAAAUAGGUCGACCAACAGCUGGUGAACCUGUAUCAUUACCACAUAGUGUUGAAGAUGUAACAAUAAUAUGGUUUGAUCAAAAUAUGGAUGAAUCAAUAAAUCCAGAAGAUGUUGAAGAAACUAAAACAUUAUUACGUAAAAUUAAUGAUUAUGUUUUAUUUUUUUCUAAACCUGAACCAUGUAUUGAUUAUAUAAAAACUGUUCCAAAAGAAAAAAUAUUUUUAAUAACAUCUGGUUUUUAUGCACUUGAACAACUUGAUAAAAUUCAUUCAUUAGAACAAAUUGAUUCUGUAUUUAUAUUUUGUGUAUUUCGUGGUAAAUAUGUCCCAUUAAUGGAAAAAUAUUCGAAAAUAAUUGAUAUUUUUACUGAACAAAAAGAUUUAAUGGAAUCAUUAGCAACCAAUGUUGAAUUAGUUACUAAACAAGCAACUGUUUUUGGAUUAUUUGAUGGUAAACAACGUCCAACAAGAUAUUUAACACGAGAAUCAGCAUCAUUUCUUUGGUUUCAAUUAUUAACUGAUGUUUUAAAAACUAUUACAGCAUCCGAUACAAAAAAUCAAGGUAUUGAAGAAAUGUUAAAACAUUGUCAAUGUUAUUAUCGAACUAAUCGUGUUGAAUUAACUAAUAUUGAAGAUUUUCGAAAAACUUAUAAACCAGAAGAUGCUAUUAUAUGGUACAGUAAACAAUCAUUUGUUUACAGAUCAGUUAAUAAAGCAUUACGUACAGAAGAUAUUGAUGCUUUAUACACAUUUCGUGUUUAUAUAACACAUUUACGUAGUCGAAUUGCUUAUCAACAUAAUCAAUUACGUCGAACAUGUCGUGAUGCAAAAUCAAAUAUAAUUCGUUUAUAUCGUGGAUUAAAAAUGACAAAUGGAGAAAUUAGUCAAAUGAUUGAUAAUAUUGGAGGUUUAAUAUCAAUGAAUGGAUUUUUUUCAACAAGUCGAGAUAUUGAACAAGCUGUUCGAUUUGCAACAAAACCAUCGAGCAGAAAUAAUGUUUUUGGAGUUCUAUUAGAAAUUGAUGGAGAUAUUAAUUUAGAUAAAAUGAUUUUUGCUGAUAUUGCUCAAUUUAGUACUUAUCCAGAAGAACAAGAAGUUCUUUUUGAUUUAUCAACAGUCUUUAAAAUUGUUCAUACGGAAUUAGAUAAAGCACGAAAUUUAUGGGUUAUACAAUUAUCAGGUAUUGUUAAACUUAUUUUUCUAGAUAUGUAUAAUGAUCAGUGUCUCUUCUAG